GAGCCCCGUGAAGGUGGGCCUGCGGCGCGUGGUCCUGCACCCGCUGUUCAACCCCGGCAUCCUGGACUUCGACCUGGCCGUGCUGGAGCUGACGCGCCCCUUGGCCUUCAACAAGCACGUGCAGCCCGUGUGCCUCCCGCUGGCCAUCCAGAAGUUCCCCGUGGGCCGCAAGUGCAUGAUCUCCGGGUGGGGCAACACGCAGGAGGGCAACGCGAGCAAGCCCGACACCCUGCAGAAGGCGUCCGUGGGCAUCCUCGACCACAAGGCGUGCAGCGUGCUCUACAACUUCUCCCUCACGGACCGCAUGAUCUGUGCAGGCUUCCUGGAGGGCAAGGUGGACUCCUGCCAGGGUGACUCUGGUGGCCCCCUGGCCUGCGAGGAGACCCCUGGCGUGUUCUACCUGGCAGGCAUCGUGAGCUGGGGCAUCGGCUGUGCCCAGGCCCGGAAGCCUGGAGUGUAUGUGCGUAUCACCAGGCUCAAGGGCUGGAUACUGGAGACCAUGUCCUCCCAGCCCCCCCCCGCGGCCCCCCCCUCAACCGCAAGGAUGCCGGCCACCCCCAGCCCGUCCCCCCGGACGACAGCCAGCCUCCCCGUCCUGGGGGGCACCCCCAGCAGACCCACCCUCGGGGCCACCAGCGGCGUGGCCAGCCAACCUGCCAACACGACUGUGUCCCACAUGAGCACCACCACAUGGGGAUGGACGACACUUCCAGACCCGGAGACGUCCACGCACGCCCAGUCACCAG